AUAGUUGGAUACUUGAAACAAUGGGCAAAUACUCACUCUUGGUAGAUUUGAUUCCUUGUCCUGAUUGGCUUUCACCAGUUUGCUUGGCAUGCUCUUAGUCCUUGUAUCAGCCCAACAGGAAAGUUUAGGGCAAUUCAGUUCAUUUCUGAGUCAGCAUCUGGGUGGCUUUUUGAAUCCAGUGUACUUAUGACUGUUUUUGAAUGCCUUACUAUCUCCCCAAAUCCACACCCCAGUUCUACUCAGGAUUUUAUUAAAACAUGAUAUAGUCUAUGUCUCCACCCUUAUUCCUUUGUCCCUGGCCCGUAUAUAGCCCCCCUGCAGCUGUAAUACCCAUUCCAGCUGCUCUUCAGUUUAAGCUCAGUAAAACAGACACCAGUCUCCAGGCAGCCCCGAAGUAGGUUGCUGAUAAGGUUUUCUGUGAUCAUUCUGGUUUGAGGGAGGCAACUGGGAGCUGAUCAAGACUGCCCUGCCCCAGGCAGGAGGAGAGUACGUGGAGAAAUCAGUCGUCCUAGCUCACCGUUUUGCUGGUAUCACUGUUGAAGAAAAAAAUCAAAUCACUCUGCUUAGUCAGAGGAGCAACAGACAAUGGAUCUCAAAAGCCAGAAGGUGAAGCUUAAUGAUGGCCACUUCAUUCCUGUCCUGGGAUUUGGAACCUAUGCACCUGAGGAGGUACCUAAGAGUGAAGCUCUGGAGGCAACCAAAUUUGCUAUAGAGGUUGGGUUCCGCCAUAUUGACUGUGCUCGUGUAUACCAAAAUGAAGAGCAGGUUGGCCAAGCCAUUCAAAGCAAGAUUGCAGAUGGCACUGUGAAGAGAGAAGAGAUUUUCUAUACUUCAAAGCUUUGGUGCACUUUCCUUCACCCAGAUUUGGUCCGACCAGCCUUGGAAAAGUCACUGAAAGAUCUUCAACUGGAUUAUGUUGAUCUCUAUCUCAUUCAUUUCCCAGUGGCCAUGAAGCCAGGGGAGGAAUUUCUUCCAAAAGAUGAAAAUGGAAAAGUGAUAUUAGACUCAGUGGAUCUCUGUUGCACGUGGGAGGCCCUGGAAAAGUGUAAGGACGCAGGGCUGACCAAGUCCAUUGGGGUGUCCAACUUCAACCACAAGCAGCUGGAGAAGAUCCUGAACAAGCCAGGGCUCAAGUACAAGCCCGUCUGCAACCAGGUGGAAUGUCACCCUUAUCUCAACCAGAGUAAACUGUUGGAUUUCUGCAAGUCACAUGAUAUUGUUCUUGUUGCCUAUAGUGCUCUGGGAUCCCAAAGAGUAAAAGGAUGGAUUAACCAGAGCCACCCCGUUCUCUUGGAGGAUCCGGUUCUUUGUGCCAUUGCCAAAAAGAACAAGCAGACCCCAGCUCUGGUUGCCCUUCGCUACCAGAUACAACGUGGGGUUGUGGUUCUGGCCAAGAGUUACAACAAGAAGCGGAUCAAAGAGAACAUACAGGUGUUUGACUUUGAACUGAGUCCAGAAGACAUGAAAGCAAUUGAUGGCAUCAACAGAAAUAUAAGAUAUAACGAGAUACUAUUUGGUGUUGGUCACCCUGAUUAUCCAUUCUCUGAAGAAUAUUGACUCUCAGCUCUCACCGUGGUUCUUUGAGAAUGUCUUGCUUCUAGUGUGGUGAAGAAGAUUUUUGUUCUUGGUGGAGGUGCUUAAAUGAGGUGUCUGAAGUUUUGAAAGCUUGCUUUUCCUUUUAAAACAUUUAACACUUUAUGAAACAAUAAAGACUUCAAAGUAAGAAUA